CCCUCUCUCUCUCUCUCUCUCCCUCCCUCUCUCUGCCUGUAUUUCAACUGCAGCUUAGCCUCAGCUCUCACUCAGCUUUCUGCAAACACACAGCAUUAACUCUGACAUUAACUGACCCUAAACAUGGCUGCUGCUAACCGGGUGAUCGUUUAUGGAGGAAGAGGAGCGCUGGGCUCCAAGUGUGUGCUGCAUUUUAAAUCCAAAGGAUGGUGGGUUACUUCCAUCGAUAUGGUUGCAAACGAGGAGGCAAACGACAACGUGAUUGUGAAGUCGAGUGAAUCUUUCAACGAGCAGGCAGGACAGGUGACGGCAGAUGUGGCGCAGUUGCUAGGGGAACUGAAAGUGGACGCCAUCUUGUGUGUGGCCGGAGGCUGGGCGGGAGGAAGCUGUAGCUCCAAAGAUUUAUACAAAAACACUGAUCUGAUGUGGAAACAGAGUGUGUGGACCUCCACUAUCUCCAGCCACCUUGCCACUCUGCACCUCAAACCGAGUGGACUAUUGACUUUGUCCGGGGCUAAAGCAGCCAUGUCAGGCACUGGAGGUAACACACACACACACACACACACACACACACACACACACUCACAUUAGUUGUUUACCUUUCUCAUCAUGAUGACCUGGUUUGGC